AUGAAAUCCUUCAUUGCUCUGUUCGUCGUCCUGGCCAUCGCUGCCGUCUAUGGUGCUGAGGAGUCGAAGGUGACCGAGAAGCGUGGCAUCUACGGAGGUCUCGGCUACGGUUACAACGGCUAUCCCGGUUUGGCCGGUCACGGUUACUACGGUGGCAUUGGAGGACUGGGAUACGGCCAUGGACUCGGCUACGGAUCGAACCUGGGCUACUACGGAUCGUACCCGGGAUACUACGGUUCUCAUUCCGGAUAUUUGGGCGGUUACUCCGGCUACUCUGGCUACCCUUACAGCCUGGGUUACGGACUCCACUAA